UUUCAUGUUCAAUUCAAAAAAAAAAUAUUAUUGAAGAGAAAUAUUAUUCAAUUUCAUUCUCCCAAAGUGAAUCGAUAAACCUCAAAGAAAACGGUUGCAUAUUUUCGGGCGAAAGGACUCUAGGAAUUCCCGUCAUCCCGUCAUCCUAUUUCCGGUCGAAGGAAGGUCUCCAACGAUUUUCUUCGUUCUUACAGUAGGUGUAUUUUUUUUAUUAUUAUUAUUUUCACCCAACAAUAGAUUAUUUAUUAAAUUAUAUUUCUUUCUCCAGGUACUUAUAGGAAUUGAAUUUUGAAUUAGAAAACAAGUCUAUAGAUGUCAACAAGCCUGUGAAUUGCAAAACGAAGAAAAUAAACCACUGGACAGAUAUUUCUCCAGGUGCUAUUGUUUCUUUUAUUUAUUUAUUUUUAUUUAGAUUAGUAGUAUUGUUGUUGAGUUUAAUUUUUCACUGAAAAUUUAAUAUGAGUCCUAAAAAACAAGACUCUGGAUUUAAAAAAAGGGAAAAAAAGAAAAAGCAAGAUGAGGAAGAUGUGCAUUUAAGAAAAUCUAUGGCUAAAUGGAUUUUCAAAAAACAUGAUAAUUUAGGUAAUGCAAUAGUUGAGAAUUUAGAUAAUAUUAACGAGGCGAAUGAAGAGAAUACAAAUUGUGUGAAUGAAGAAAUUGGUGAUAUAAUUGAAUCUGAGAAUGAAAUUAAUAUAAAUGAAAAAAGUGAUAAUGCAUUUAACGAACCAAAUUUGGAUGUGGAUAUUUAUGAUCCAAGGGUAUGGGAUGGUUUAGAUGCGAAGUUUAGAGACUUGCUUGUAGAAAAUGGCCCUAAAAGAGAAUUAAAUGUAGAAUAUCCUCUUGAUAAACUUGGUAGGCAUUUCUCCUCAAAUUUUUAUAUGCGAGUAUUAUCCAAUGGGGAAAAGCAUGAUAGAAAGUGGCUAGUAUAUUCAAAACAUUUAGAUAAAGUUUUUUGUUUUUGUUGUAAGUUAUUUAAAACAAUGCCGAGUAGAAGUUUGUUAGGAAGCGAAGGAAUUUGUGAUUGGAAACAUCUUAGCGAGAAACUUACACAACAUGAAAAUAGUAAAGAACAUCUCAUUAACUUAAGAACUUGUGUUGAGUUGCGAAUUCGAUUGAGCAAAAAUCAAACAAUUGACAAAGAAAUACAAGAGCUAAUUAAGCAAGAUACUCAACAUUGGAAACAAGUUAUGCUUAGAAUAGUUGCUGCUGUAAAAUGUCUUGCAAUACAUAAUUUGGCAUUUCGUGGCACAAAUGAACGGCUUAAUGAAGAUGCAAAUGGAAAUUUUUUGGGCUUAAUUGAAAUGAUUGGGGAGUUUGAUCCGGUAAUGCAACAUCAUUUUCGACUAAUUCAAGAUAAAAAAAUUCAUUAUCAUUAUCUUAGUCAUAAAAUACAAAAUGAAUUGAUACAAAUUCUAGCUUCAAAAGUCAAAGAUGCAAUUAUUGAAAUAAUACGAGAGGCAAAAUAUUAUUCUGUAAUCCUUGAUUGUACUCCAGAUGCAAGUCAUCAAGAACAAAUGACAGUAAUUAUAAGAUGUGUAGAUGUGUCAAAUACUCCAAUAAAAGUAGAAGAGUACUUCUUAGAAUAUAGAAAUGUGGUUGAUACUUCUGGAUUCGGGCUUUUUAAUGAAUUGAAAUCUGUUUUAACAUCUCUUUCACUUAAUAUCGAUAAUAUUAGGGGGCAAGGAUAUGAUAAUGGCUCUAAUAUGAAAGGAAAAAAUAUAGGUGUCCAAAGACGAUUGCUCGACAUUAAUCCAAGAGCGUUUUAUAUGCCGUGUGCUUCUCACUGUCUUAAUUUGAUUCUUUGUGAAAUGGCAAACUCUAGUAUCAAAGCAAAAAGUUUUUUUGGAGCUUGUCAAUGCAUAUAUACUGUUUUUGCUAAUUCCACAAAACGUUGGAAUAUUUUACUUGAUUAUAUUGAUGGAUUAACUUUAAAAUCAUUGUCAACUACACGCUGGGAAAGUCAUAUUGAAAGUGUUAAAGCAAUUUUAUCUCAAGUUUCCCAAAUUAGAGAAGCAUUGCUUAAAUUGGUAGAAAUUAGUGAUGAUGCCAAAUUGAGUAGAGAUGCUGAAUCAUUAGCAUUAGGAGAACUUUCAAAUUUUGAAUUUAUACUAAGUUUAGUUAUUUGGCAUGAUGUUUUGCUUCGAAUUAAUGUAGUUAGUAAGAAGUUACAAUCUGAAGAUAUGUGUCUUGAUGUUGCUGUUAAACAAUUGGAAGGAUUGAUUUCAUUUUUUGAGAAUUAUAGAUUAAAUGGAUUAAAUUCAGCCAUUAUAGAUGCUAAGAAAAUAGCAAUUGAUAUGGAAAUUGAGCCUGUAUUUGUUAAAAAAAGAAAACUUAGUAGAAAGAGGCAUUUUGAUGAGACUUUUAAUAGUAGACAAUGCUCUUUCUCAAUUGAGGAGUAGGUUUGAACAAUUGCAAUUGUUUCAAUCUAUUUUCGGUUUUUUAUUCAAUGCAAAAAACUUUAUUUCAUUAGAUAGUAAAGAAUUGAAGUGUCAUUGUGAAAAUCUUGAAAAUGCUUUAAAAUAUGGUGAUGUUUCUGAUGUUAAUGCUAGAGAUUUAAUUUCUGAAUUGGAGGUGUUGCAAGCUAUGUUACCUAGUGAAUCAUAUGAAAUAAAUAAACCAUGGAAUUGCAUUAAGAUGUUAGAGUUUGUGAAAAGCAUGGAUAUGUUUCCAAAUGUAAUGAUUGCUUAUAGAAUAUUGUUGACUAUUCCUGUUACUGUUGCAUCCGCGGAACGAAGUUUUUCCAAAUUAAAGUUGUUGAAAUCUUAUUUGAGAAGUACAAUGGCUCAAGAAAGGCUUAAUGCUUUAGCAAUACUAUGUAUUGAAAAAAAUAUGUUGGAAAGCAUUUCAUAUGAUAGUAUAAUUGAUGAUUUUGCUUCUAAAAGUGCAACAAGAAGACAUUU